UCGUACAACAGCCGCAGGGGAGUCAAUGUCUCCCAGUACCUGCGCGACCUCAAGGUCCAGGAGCCCGCCGUGGAGGAGACUUUCAUCACCGACGAAGACCUUCACAAGGAACUCGCGCUAUUCACAAAUACUCAGUUCUUCGACUUUGAGACGGGCCAAAAUACGGACUUGCAGGCGCCUCCCGUAAAGCCUGAGACAACACAACCGGUUGCUUCAGAUGUUACAACAACUGAUCCUAUCAUUGGGGACUUUUCGACCGACUUUGAUUUCAUCUCUGAUGCCCCCGAUAUUGCCCGUCCGACGGCUGACCAUGGCACAAUGUCUCCAGGCGACUUCAAUUUCGGGGAUUUCAGCACUUACACCUCGCCGACCGUCCCCGCCUUUCCAGAUGCCCUAGGGAAUCUGCCGCCCAUCCAGCCGGGGCCUCAGAUGGCCGCCUAUCCGCCGGUCCCGCCUCACCAUCAUCAGCCAGGGUAUGUAUCGUCCGCGGCCGUCCCCCCGCGGACAGCAGCAGCAGCAGCAGGAGCAGCGGGUGAGAAGCGCAAGGCUGAGCAGCAACUUAGCCCGCUCAGCGGCCGUGUGCUGAGCAUCGACGAGCAAGCGCGGCUGGCGGCCGAGGAGGACAAGCGGAAGCGCAACACGGCCGCCAGCGCCCGGUUCCGCAUCAAGAAGAAGCAGCGUGAGCAGGCGCUCGAGCGGUCGGCCAAGGAGAUGACGGAGAAGGUGACGAUGCUCGAGGGCCGCAUCUCGGCGCUCGAGACGGAGAACAAGUGGCUCAAGAGCCUGGUGACGGAAAAGCACGGCGCCAAGGACGAGAUCCUCGAGAAGCUGCUCAAGGAG